UUCACUUCUUCGUUGCACUACCACCGCGCUAGCGCCCGCCUCUUGCGCUCUUCUCGACUUAUAUAUAUCUGGUUGACCCGCCGCUGUCGCCGCCGCCGUCUCUCCCCAGGUUUUACUUCCCCCACAAAACUUUCCCAGGUUUCCCCUACUUUCGCCGCAGAUCUGCUCGCCACACUCGGCACACUAUCUCGCCAUUUCCACAGUUUCAAUCGCCUGCCCCUCAUUCGUUCAUUCCGUCCAUUUACCUUCCAGAGACCCGGAUCAGAAGAGAGAGAGAGAGAGAGAGAGAGAGAGAGAGCGCGUAAGAGAGACUUCGGGAUCAGGAGAGAGAAAAGAGGCCAAUGGCACCUAUCUCCUCCGACUAUGAGUCGACGGGAAACGAGAAGUCGGACGACUAUGGCCAGCAUGUCGUCAGCGUGGAUGUGGAUGUCGCCGCUGCCCAAGGUCAUCUAGCGACAGACCACUACGGCAAUGCCCUGGUCGAGUUUGACCCCAAGGUCGAAGCGAAGCUGCGAAGGAAGAUUGACUUGUACAUCAUUCCGACUGUCGCUGCCUUGUACCUCUUCUGCUUCAUCGAUCGUGCGAAUAUCGGAAAUGCACGUCUGGCGGGUCUCCAAGAAGACUUGAAGCUGGUCGGAUACGACUACAACCUCGUGCUGUCCGUCUUCUACAUCAGCUACAUCAUCUUCGAGAUUCCAUCGAACCUCGCCUGCAAAUACUUUGGUCCGGGCUGGUUCAUCCCCAGCAUCUCUCUCGGCUUUGGUAUUGCUUCCGUGGCAUGUGCUUUCGUCAACAACAAGGCACAAAUAUGCGGCGUGCGCUUCGUCCUGGGCUUGUUCGAGGCCGGUAUGCUUCCCGGUAUCGCCUACUACCUGAGUCGAUGGUAUCGUCGCAAGGAGCUGGCCUUCCGCCUGGCCAUGUACGUCGUCAUGGCACCUCUGGCCGGCGCAUUCGGUGGUCUUCUCGCCUCUGGUAUCCUCACCUUGGACAGCUUUGGCAGUGUGACCAGCUGGAGGAUGAUCUUCGCCAUUGAAGGUGUCAUUACCAUCGGUCUGUCCCUCAUCGCCUACAUCACCCUCACUGACCGACCUGAGACGGCACGCUGGUUGACCCCCGAGGAGAAGAUCUUGGCCAGUGCACGUGUCAAGUCCGAACGUGUGGGCACGACCGCGGUGCUCGACAAGAUGGACAACAAGAAAAUUCUCCGUGGCAUCUUCAACCCCGUCGUCCUCGCCACCGCCGUCAUCUUCUUGCUUGACAACAUCACUGUGCAAGGUCUGGCCUUCUUCGCCCCCACCAUCGUGAAAACCAUCUACCCUCGCCAGACCGUCGUGCAUCAACAGCUCCGCACCGUCCCGCCAUACGUCGUCGGAGCCGUCUCCACCCUCGUCGUACCCUUCAUCUCCACCAAGAUUGACAAACGUACCGUCUUCUUCAUUGGCUCUGCACCUCUCAUGAUGACCGGCUACAUCAUGUUCCUCGCCAGCACCUCCCCCGAAGUCCGCUACGGCGCCAUCUUUGUCAUCGCCAUCGGAGCCUUCACCUUUGGGGCCCUCUGCAACGCACACGUGUCCGCCAACGUCGUUUCCGACACGGCGCGUUCCUCCGCCAUUGGCACGAAUGUCAUGUUGGGCAAUGUUGGUGGCUUGAUCUCGACCUGGGCCUUUCUUCCCUUUGAUGGUCCCAACUUUCCCAUUGGAAAUGGUCUCAACUUGGCCACGAGUGGUACCAUUUUGAUCCUGUCAAUUGCUUUGUAUUUCUGGCAGCCGUGGGACAACCGGAGGCGUGAUAGGAGGGAUGCGGACGAGGAGAUUCAAGGUCUGUCGCAGAAGGAUAUCGAGGAUCUCGAUUGGAAGCAUCCUGGAUUUAGGUGGAAGCCGUGAGGAAUGCCCAUGUCCUCUGCUACUUCUUGAUCUUCUUGUGUUUCUUGUGUUUCUUCUUGGGAGUUGGUAGUUUACCAUGUGGGUCUUGGACAUUCUCGCUCUCCACCCAACUGUGCCCUUGGAGUCUGAUGUGAUAUGAGUGGAGGAUUAAGACGCCAUGUACAGAAACGUUGAAGCUAUUGAAGUAAAAAGCUUCUCUCCUAUUCCCUUUUUUUAUCCUUUGGCUCUGAACUGCCAUCUUGGACUUAUGCACCACCUACAUAACCAACAACUCUUUCUCCUCAGGCCGUCGCCAAGAAUGAUG